AAGCCAUAGGCUGGUCUGCGAUGGCCGCUACCUCGGCUCGCUGGAACCAUGUGUGGGUCGGCACUGAGACUGGAAUCCUGAAAGGGGUGAACCUUCAGCGGAAACUUGCGGCAAAUUUUACUCCGUCCGGACAGCCACGGCGGGAGGAGGCAGUGAAUGCUUUGUGCUGGGGCACAGGCGGCGAGACCCAGAUUUUGGUGGGAUGUGCGGACAGGACCGUGAGGCACUUUAAUGCGGAGGAGGGUACAUUCCAGAGCCAGAGAUACUGCCCAGGCGGGGAAGGCACGUUCCGAGGUCUCGCCCAGGCCGAUGAUGGCACUCUUAUCACAUGUGUGGAUUCUGGGAUCCUCAGAGUCUGGUGUGAAAAUGACAAGGAGGCGUCCUCUGACCCACUCUUGGAACUGAAGGUGGGUCCUGGGGUGUGUAGGAUGCGCCAAGAUCCCACACACACACAUGUGGUUGCAACAUGUGGGAAAGAGAAUGCUUUGAAAGUAUGGGACCUACAGGGGUCUGAGGAGCCUGUGUUCAGGGCGAAGAAUGUGCGGAAUGAUUGGCUUGAUCUGCGGGUUCCGAUUUGGGACCAAGAUAUACAGUUCCUCCCUGGGUCACAGAAACUUGUCACAUGUACAGGAUACCACCAGGUCAGAAUCUAUGAUCCAGCCUCCCCCCAGCGCCGGCCAGUCCUAGAGGCCACCUAUGGAGAAUACCCACUGACAGCCAUGACCCUGACUCCUGAGGGCAAUUCUGUCAUCGUGGGGAACACUCAUGGGCAGCUGGCAGAAAUUGAUUUUCGGCAAGGGCGUCUACUGGGCUGUCUGAAGGGGCUUGCAGGCAGUGUACGUGGGCUGCAGUGUCAUCCUUCGAAGCCCCUGUUAGCAUCUUGUGGCUUAGACAGAGUCCUGAGGAUACACAGGAUCCGCAAUCCACGAGGGCUAGAGCAUAAGGUUUAUCUCAAGUCUCAACUGAACUGCCUUCUCCUGUCAGGCCGGGAUAACUGGGAGGAUGAGCCCCAAGAACCUCAAGAGCCCAACCUAGUGCCCCCAGAAGACACAGAGACAGAUGAACUUUGGGCGUCUUUGGAGGCAGCUGCCAAGCGAAAGCUCCCUGAUUUGGACCAGAAACAAGGUGCUCUCCAAAGAAGGAAGAAAAAGAAGCGUCCUGGAUCCACCAGUCCUUGAAGCCCCUUGCUCACUUUGUUAAUAAACAGCCCAACACAUACUGA